AACGACCUUACAUACUAUUAUUGCAUUGCAUCUACAUUCAAUAAUCAUGGUAUCUAAUACCAAUAUGAUCAUCACUAUCAUCCUCCUCAUUUUCCUCUUCACUCCUGCCACAGUGAACUCGACAUUCCACUCACUUAAAUCCGACACAAAUCUAUUAGAAUUCCCUUUAAAUCUAGAGUAUCUUGAAGCCGAAUAUUUCCUAUUUGGAGCCUUGGGUAAGGGUCUGGAUAGUGUACAACCUGAUCUAGCCGAUGGGGGACCGUCGCCCAUUGGUGCAAAACAAGCCAAUCUUAGUCCUCUUAUUAAAGACAUAAUCCUUCAAUUUGGUUAUCAAGAAGUUGGUCACAUAAGGGCAAUUAAGAGCACGGUAAAAGGAUUUCCACGGCCGUUGUUGAACUUGAGUACCGAAGCAUUUGCAACUGUUAUAAACAACGCAUUUGGGAGCCCUCUUUCUCCUCCGUUUGAUCCAUAUGCAAAUGACAUCAAUUAUCUUAUUUCUUGCUACAUCAUUCCUUACGUUGGCCUUACGGGCUACGUUGGAGCUAACCCCAAACUUCGUAGUCCAGUUUCCCGAAAGCUUGUAGCAAGCUUACUAGGAGUCGAAUCAGGUCAGGACGCUGUCGUCAGAACCCUACUUUAUGAACGGAAAAGAGAGAAGGUGGUUCCAUAUGAGAUGACUGUAGCCGAAUUCACAAACAAAAUAUCACAACUACGAAACAAGUUAGGUAACAAGGGGUUAAAGGAUGAAGGGCUCACUGUGCCAAUCAAGCUUGGGGCCGAAAAGAAUAUUGAAGGGAAUGUGUUAGCAGGCGAUGAAGAUUCGUUGGCGUAUGGUCGAACACCAGAAGAAAUACUAAGGAUUGUGUAUGGAAGCGGAAACGAAAAAAUGGCUGGCGGGUUUUACCCCAAGGGUGGUGAUGGGGCGAUCGCUAAAAAGUAUUUGAACCAUGGAAUGUAGAUUAGUAAUUAGUGAUUAUUAUACUCUAAUGAUUAAUUAUACUUAUAUAUAUCUUUGUGUUAAAGGUUCGUGUAAUUUUUAUUUUAUUUGAAUAAACAGUAUUAUACUAGUAUCUCAUUGCAUAAAAUGGAAAAAAAAAAAAAUUUGUUAAAAAGUUUAA